UUAGCAUGGAGCUUUAAUAUAGAUUACCUGGAUUAGAAACUGGCAAACAGAGAUAGUGUUUAUUGUUUCCUUCAUGUAUUUGUGUGCAUAUGUGUGUGUAUGUAUGUGCAUGUGCAUGUGUGUGUGUGUCAACAUGUGUAUGUGCUUUCACACAACGUCUUACAGAUGUACUCCAUACGAAGCCUCCCCACCAUAGGCUACAGGGAGCAGAAAGAGGAGGACGGGGUAGAGGACAUGACACAGCUGGAGGAGCUACAUGAAGGGGCUGUGCUGCUGAACCUGAUGAUGAGAUUUGAUCGUGAGCUCAUAUACACAUACAUAGGCAGUAUCCUGGUGUCGGUGAACCCCUAUAAAAUGUACAAUAUCUACGGGACGGAUAUGGUGCUGCAGUACAAGGGCCAUGCCCUGGGAGAGAACCCUCCGCAUCUGUUUGCCAUAGUAAACGCUUCCUACACCAAAAUGAUGGAUGCCAAACACAACCAGGUCAUUAUAAUCAGUGGGGAGAGUGGCUCUGGGAAGACUGAGGCCACCAAACUGGUCCUGCGUUACCUCGCGGCAAUACACCAUCAAAACAACAUUACGCAACAGAUUCUGGAGGCAGCUCCUCUCCUGGAAUCUUUCGGAAAUGCCAAAACCGUGAGGAAUGAUAAUUCAAGUCGCUUUGGGAAAUACAUAGAGGUCUUUCUCGAAGAGGGUGUGAUCAGUGGUGCCAUAACCUCCCAGUAUCUACUGGAGAAGUCCCGUAUAGUCUUCCAGGCCAAAGAUGAGAGGAACUACCACAUCUUCUAUGAGAUGCUGGCCGGACUCCCCUCCCAGCAGAGACAGGCCUUCUACCUGCAGGAGGCUGAGACUUACUAUUACCUCAACCAGGGAGGGGAUUGUGGGAUAACAGGAAAGAACGAGGCGGAGGACUUCCUGCGUCUGAUGGCUGCCAUGGAGAUCCUCCACUUCACGCCCGAAGACAAGGACACAAUCUUCAGGCUCCUUUCCUGCAUCCUGCACCUGGGAAACGUCUUCUUCCAGAGAUACGAGACAGAUGGUCAGGAGGUGGCGUCAGUGGUGAGCGCUCAGGAGAUCAGAGUUGUGGCAGAGCUGCUGCAGGUGUCACCGGAAGGACUCCAGAAAUCCAUCACAUUUAAAGUCACCGAGACAAUGAGAGAAAAGAUCUAUACUCCUCUGAGUGUGGAGAGCGCUGUUGAUGCCAGAGAUGCUGUUGCCAAGAUACUGUACUCACUGCUCUUCCAUUGGCUGACCGAGAAAAUCAACGCCCAGGUGUACCCCCGCCAACACUCCCUCUCCAUCUCCAUCCUGGACAUCUACGGCUUUGAGGAUCUGGCCUUCAACAGCUUUGAGCAGCUUUGCAUCAAUUAUGCAAACGAGUACCUUCAGUUCUUCUUCAACAGGAUUGUGUUCAGGGAGGAACAGGAGGAGUACAGCAGGGAGCAGGUCCCCUGGCAGGACAUCCAGUUCAGCGACAACCAGCCCUGCAUCGACCUCAUCGCCGCAAAGCCUCAUGGGAUACUUCGUAUCCUGGACGACCAGAGCUGCUUCCCUCAGGCUACAGACCACACCUUUCUUCAGAAGUGUCAUUAUCACCAUGGCAACGACCCACAGUAUCUCAAGCCAAAGAUGCCCCACCCUGAGUUUACCAUCAAGCACUUUGCUGGCCGCGUCACCUAUCAGGUGCACAAGUUCCUGGACAAGAACUACGACCAGGUCCGUCAAGAUGUCCUGGACAUUUUCAUUCAGAGCAAGAACAAGAUGGUGUCCAGCCUCUUCCGGCGCCACUCGGAGGUGGCGGCGGAACAGAGGGGCGGCCAGGGCAGGAAGAGCAGCACGGUGACGCGGAGGUACCAGGCCUCCACUGUCAGCCACAAGUUCCAGACGUCCCUCCUGGAGCUCGUGGAGAAGAUGGAGAGGUGUGACCCGUUAUUUGUGCGCUGCAUCAAGCCAAACAACUUGAAGGAGCCCAGUGUGUUUGAGACCGAGCUGGUGAGCACUCAACUGCGGUACUCAGGGGUACUGGAGACCAUCCGGAUCCGCAAGGAGGGAUACCCUGUUAGAUUGCCCUUUGCUAUCUUCCUGUUCAGGUAUAAGUCCCUGGUGGCAUUGAAGGAUCCUCCACCCACAAGUGGAGAGAGCUGUGUGAUCAUGCUCAGUCAGCUGUGUCCCCUCACGGCAGGAUGCUUCCACGUCGGGGUCACUAAGCUGUUUCUGAAGGAGGACAUCUACCAGCUACUGGAGUGCAAGCUGGAGCGUGCACGUCAACUGGCCGCACUCACGCUGCAGCGCACCGCUCGCAUGUUCUUCGCCCGACGCCGCUUCGUGCAGUUCAGAAUGAGGAUCAUCGGCUUACAGGCACAGUGCCGCGGGAACCUCACCAGGAAGCACUACGUGAAGAGGAGAGCUGCUCUUGUUCGAUUCCGAACGAUCGUCCGUCUGUACGUCAACCGCAAGAGAUUCAUCAGGAUAAGGCUGGGGUCGCGCAGGAAGAGAGAUGCGGAGAGGAGGGAAAGAGACAAGGUGCUGUAUAGGAGAGAAGUUGUCAACGUCACACACCUGGUGAUCUCCGCUGACCUAGCAGCCCUGCUUCAUACUGUAGCAGUUGGCAGGGAGUUACAUUCAGACUGCCUGGCUCUGCUCCAAGCUCCCCACAUCCGAGAGGACACUCAGCUGACGCUGCCCCUGGACAUCAACAACUACCCCUUCUACCGCUACGUCCAGGCUUACUUCAGGGAGCCCAAGUUUGGGAUGCUCACGGACCCAUUGGAGGCCUCUCUGACCCGCGUGGAUGAGGACCUUAAAGAGGCCGCACUGGAACUCUUCACCUUGGUUCUGAGGUUCAUGGGUGACCCGCACCUGAACGGCGCCCAGGAGAACAUGUUCGGGAGCUACAUCCUCCAAAGGGGACUGUCGUCGCCCGGGUUACGGGACGAAAUCCUAGCCCAGCUGGCCAAUCAGGUGUGGCGCAACGUGAACGUGGAAAACGCAGAGAGGGGCUGGCUGCUGCUGCUGGGCUGUUUGUGUGCCUUCGCCCCCUCGCCCAAGAUGGAGAAGCACAUGUUAAAAUUUGUCUCUGACCACGCCCCCAUCGAAAGCCAGGCCCUGCUACAACACUGCCUCAUCCAAGCCAAUCAAAAGUCCCUUCUGAGCUCAGGCUCCCACCCAGAGACCGCCCGGACCUAUCCACUGUCUUUGCUAGAGUGGACGGCCAAUCGGAAGAAGGCCAGCAUGGUGCUGCAGGUGCACUGCUUUGAUGCUAUGUCCUUCCUUUGUCCAGUUAACUCGUGGACCAGUGGGGAGGAGCUAGCAGGGGUCAUCCUCCGCCACAGUGUGGACGGAAGGGACAUGGAGAGGGCGGCCAGCCUGACAGCCAGGAUGAAGGGAGGGGGAGGUGUGGGGGUCCCAGCAGACGAAGGAGUUGUGCCCCGGAGCCGACCCUAUCCCCCGGGAAUACACCCUGGAGGACCUGACCAGCACUUAGUGGCUCAGCAGCAGCAGGCCCUGAUAAACCAGCAGGCCAUCAUACUGGCCCAACAGAUGACCAUGCAGGCCAUGGCCCUCCAGCAGCAAAUGAUGUCCAACUAUACCCCGGUCCCCAGGUCCCCCCCGACACACUCUCCAGCACACUCCCGCACACCCAGCCCUGUCAAAGAGGGCAAAGACUCGCCGACAAAGACUCCGCAAAGAAAAAUCAGUCCGACGACGGCCCCCCCUUCGGAGGCAGUGGUGAAGGCCAGUGUGAACAACACGGAGCGCCUGGACCCCAGCCACGACAUCAAGGACAUCGUCAAACAGCACCAGCCCCCCGCCACCCCGGCCCCCACCCAGACACCUGGCUCACAGAGAAAAGGCGAUGGGAAGGCGUUUGAGAAGAAAUCAGACCCCCACGAUGAAGCAAUGGAGAUCCUCAAAGAUCAGAUGGCCAACCCACCAGCUCAAACACCAAAGAAACCGGCCCCGCCCAAAGAAGAGGGAGGAGCCAAAGCCAACAAAACAAUCAGACGCCGACCAAUGACCACGCCUUCCACCACCGGCCCCCCCCCUCCCACAGGUACCAUACUGUACAUAUUAUUGUGUGUCCGUGUGUGUGUGUGUGUCCGUGUGUGUGUGUGUGUGUGUGUGUGUGUGUGUGUGUGUGUGUGUGUGUGUGUGUGUGUGUGUGUGUGUGUGUGUGUGUGUGUGUGUGUGUGUGUGUGUGUGUGUCCAGUCUCUAGAAAGCUGCCCAUGGAGGAGGAGAUCAUUCAGACUCAGCUGCACAGCAGGAGCAGCGAGGAGCACUACACCUACACUAAUGUACCCUGGAAAUUAUACCUGAGGAAGGAGGUGUUCUACCCUAAGGAGAGCUUCAACAACCCCCUCAUACUGGAGCUCCUCUUCAGACAGAUUGUUCAUGAUACUUUCUCCGAGGCCUGCAUCCGCAUCAACCAGGAGGAGAGACAGAAGAUGAAAGAUUUUUUCGCUGAGAAAAAUGUCGACCAGGCUGUGGGAACGCAGGACGAAGAGGUGAAGAAGAAAGCCAUCACUAUGGCGAAGGACUCCUGGGAUAUCUACUUCUCCCGCCUCUUCCCCGCAUCGGGCAGUGUGGGGACUGGGGUACAGGUGUUGUCGGUGUCCCACCGAGGCAUCAAACUGCUGAAGAUGGUGCGGAGUGGCAGCGACGGUCCAGACUACUUCAGAAUACUGAGACCUUACAGCUACUCGGACAUCCUGUUUGUGUCAAUUCCCUCUAAGAACAUGCUGGAGAUCAACCUGACCAACGAGAAGCUGAUUCUAUUCUCGGCCAGGGCCCCGCAGAUCAAACACAUGACGGAUUACUUCCUGACCGAGCUUAAGAAGGACUCUGAGUAUGUAGUGGGGGUGAGGAACUUUAUCACAGAGGACAGAUCUCUGCUCAGCUUCCACAAGGGUGACAUCAUCAGGCUGCAGCACAUGGACGGCCUGGGUCCUGGUAAGUGUUACGGCUGCAUAGUGAGGAAGAAGGUGCUGCUGCUGGAGGAACUGAAGAGAGACACACCAGAGUUUGGCUGGCGUUUCGGGGCGGUGUAUGGCAGGUCGGGGGUCUUGCCCAGGGAGUUUGUGCGCCCGGUGGCUGCCCCCGACUUCCUGUUCCUCCCCCAAGAGCGGGCGGAGCCUCGCGACCGCCAGGGACGGGUGGCCGCCUCCGCCGCCAUCGCCAUGGCGAUGGGCUCAGCGGUCGCCGGCCACGAGCUCGACCGCUCCACAGAGAUGGUGAGUGAGACGUAUGGUGAUGCUGUGAACGAGGACCUUGACGAGAUGGCCGUCCAGAGCGGACAGUACUACCUGAGUGAGUUCGCCAGGAAGUACUUCAGAGAAGCACAGAAGAACAGGAGGGAACAGAAGAACAAGAAGGGAAAGGAGGGCAGAGACCCCGUUGACAUGGUGAAAUUCAACAAGUCUCCCCUCCAGGAGUCCCUGAUCGACUUCUCAGACAGAGGACUGAACAGGGUGGCAACCGACAUCUUUAUAGCCAUAAUGCGGUUCAUGGGAGACCACCCGAUCAAAGCUCUGACCGAACAGGAAUUAGUAGCCACUAUACUCAAGCUGAGUGGGGACCAUGGUCUGAUGAAGGACGAGGCGUACUGCCAGUUGAUGAAGCAGGUCACCGCCAACACUAGCAUUAAAGCAGACAGCUGUCAGAGGGGCUGGAGGUUGAUGUACAUCUCGACAGCGUUCCACCGCUGCUCUGACGUUCUGAAGCCCUACCUCCUCAGGUUCCUUCAGGACGCAUGCACUGGACCAGGGGUCCAGUUCCAAGGCAUCGCCAGUGCCUGUGAGCAGAAUUUAAGGAGGACUUUCCAAUAUGGCGGCCGCAUUGAGUUCCCCAACAGCAUGGAGUUAAAAGCCAUGCUGGCUGGGCGGAGCUCCAAGAGACAACUGUUCCUGCUGCCAGGGGGGAUCGAGAGGCACCUGAAAGUCAAGACUUGCUCUGUGGCUCUGGACGCUAUUGAGGAGCUCUGCUUUGAGAUGAGUCUACACAGGCCGGAGGCCAUUGAGGAGUACGCCAUAUUUGUAGUAACGCACAGAGGUCAGAACGUACGUCCGCUCCACAAGCGUGAGUACAUCCUGGACAUCGCCACUGAGGCAGAGCCGGUGGACGCCAACUACAGCCUGUGGUUCAGGAGGGUCAUCUGGGGCAUGGCUCUCAAGCUGGACAACGAGCUCUACGUCACCAUGCACUACAACCAGGUGCUGCCAGACUUCCUGAAGACCCUGAUGAGUGUGGUUCCCCAGGGGCAGGCCAGUGACCAGCAGCUGCAGCAGGUCUCCAGGCUGGCCGCGCUGCAGCACCGUGCCAAGGACACCGUCUACCUGCCCACUCUCCGUGAGGUACAGGAGUGUGUCCCCUCCCUGUUCUACAGUAAGCAGGGCUCCCAGCAUUGGCUGAACAUGAUCACCCAGCACAUGCAGCAGGUGCAGCCCCUCACCCCGCACCAGGCCCGCGCUCAGUUCUUAGGCCUCGUCAGUGCCUUCCCCAUGUUUGGCUCCGCCUUCUUCUACAUCCAGAGUUCUAGCUCCGCCUCCUUCCAAGCCCCUUGCAUCCUGGCUGUCAAUCAGGACGGACUGCACUUCCUCAACAAGGACACCCACGAAGCCAUGGUGAGGUUCCCCCUGAAGGAGGUGCAGUCCACACGCACCCAGCGGCCCACCGCAGGCUCCAGCUACCCCUAUGUGGACAUCACCAUAGGAGACCUGCUCAGCCAGCGCAUCACACAGCUCCAGCUGGAGCAGGGUCUAGAGCUUUGUCGAGUCAUCGCCAUGCACAUGGAGAACAUGCUGUCACUCAGAGAAAAGAGACUCACUCUUCCACCCAGUGAAAUCACCAUGCUAUAACUCACGCUCACACACACAAACACACACACAUGCGUGUGUAUGCACGCAUGCACGCACAAAGACACACACACACACUCACGCACACACUCUCUCACACUCACGCACACACUCUCUCACACCCACACACACACACACACACGCAAUCAAUGGACUUCAGCAAAUACCUUAAAGCUCCGGACAUUUUACCUACCUCUGCUGCAAAGAAAUGUAUAUUUUUUAGAUAUAUACUUUCAACCAUGUCUUCAUACAGUUGCCUUAUUGAUUUCAUGUCAUAUAAAUAUUACAAGAGGGGUGUGCAGUCAACUAUGG